AUGGCCAACUCGGCUCCCUACGGACUCAUCCGCAGGCUAGGAGCUGGCUUCGAGUCCAUCGUGGUGUACGCUGUGCCAACAUCACCCGGUGUUAGUGAUCAGAGUUAUUCCUCUUCCAGUAUUGGCCAGAACUAUUAUUCUCCCAGCAGCAGCUCAAGUUAUUACUCUCCCAGUAGCGACCCAAUUUAUUCAUCGGAACCCAGUAGUGGCCAGUGCUGUUCCACUUCCAGUAAUGAUCCAAGCUAUUCUUCUCCCACUAGUGGGUCGGGUUAUUCUUUUCCCAGUAGUGACCCGGGUUAUUAUUCUUUUCCCAGUAGUGGCCCAAGCUAUUCCUCCCCCAGUAGCGACCCGGGUUAUUCCUCCCCCAGUAGCGACCCGUUUGAUAUCCAUGACAAUACAGCGACCUUUUGUCCAAACAAAAUUCAUUCGCCUUCAGAGCGGAAUCAUCGGCAGAGAGAGCGAAUAACAUACCAGCCGGUAGUUCGUGAAACAUUCAGAAGUCGAAACAGCUAUCCUGAUUCAUCCUACGGAAACGAGAAAACCCCGGCGUAUCGAACACCCAGUUAUUCAGUUCGUGAUUCGUUCGAAUCAUCUCAUCGACAGAAAAACUAUGGACGAGACAAUUCCCGAGCUAGUCAGGACCCAAUGGUAUGUACUCCAAUUAUCUAA